CAGAUUUGUUUGGCAUGCCUAAAACCUCAUGCAAUAGCACUCUUGGUUCCCGUGUGAGAUGAGAGAAUAAUCUCAAAACUCUUCAAAUAAUAGUUUCAUUGCAUCAUUCUAUCUAUAUACACUGAGGAUCUAGCAGUCUACUAGCAAGUAGUGUGUUUAAUUUUCUCAAAUAAAACAAGGUUGUUGCUGAACUUUAUGUGGCCAUAUAUAUAUAGUUGAAGGAGCUUGUUUUCUUUCCUUGAGAGAGUUACGUUCCUUUUCUUGGAUUGUCUUCUUCAAUGAAAUCUCACAGGUAACAUCAAAUUGAUAACUGAUAUAUGAAGGUUGAAUGAUAAACAUACAUGAACAUCUGAACACAAGUUUCCACCAAAGUAUAGUUAUUAGUUAAUACUGCAGAAGCUUAAUUAGCAGUUAGAUAUCCAAUAAUGGAGAAGAAGCUCAUUAGGCCAUGUGACAGAGAAUACAUGAGGAUGGCCAUGCUAAAACAUGAACAAACUUUCAAACAACAGGUGUAUGAACUUCACCGUUUGUAUAGGAUUCAGCAGGCACUGAUGAAAAACAUGGAAGGCAGCAGCAGCAGAAUCAGUGAAAUUGAAGAGUCAGAGAUUGAGUUGACUCUAGGGCCUUCAAGUCACUACAACCGUAAGAAAGUUGUUGAGGCAUCACCUCUAACUUCAGAUUCAGGUCAAAGCUUUUCUUCUUCUUCUGGUUCUGGUUCUGGAUCCUGUUUCAUACACAACAACACAAGUUUCAAGACCCACCAAUAUCAUAGCAGCCAUAGAGAAGAAUUAGGUGGAGGCAUUAUAGGCCUUGUCCAAGUGCCACAUUCAAGUAGUGGUGUUAGAAACGGUUACCAUAUUAUUGAAGAACAAUCAAGACUAGAGAGAUCAAAACAGCCACCUUCACUUCUUCAAGUAUUGAGCCUUAGCAUUACAUGAGAAUUUCUAUGGUCAAUGUGAUACAUAUAUAUAUCUGCUUAAUUUACUACUGUUUUGACUAUUAUCAAGUGCAGUUUUAUGAUGUCUUGUGUAUAAAGUACUGAGUUUUAUGGUUUAACCGGUUAUGGUGUCUAAUAUUUCUUUGA